GGGGCGGGGUCUCGGCUGAGGCAUGCGCCCUGCUCCCUCCCCCCCUGCCCUCCCGCUGGGAGAGGGGAGGCGGGCUGAGCCCGGGCGAGCCAGCUGGGGAGCGCGGCGCCGCUGCGGAGGGGCUGCCGGCUGCCGCCAGGCAGGGCACGGCACGGCGCGGGCAGCGGCGCGGGGAGAGGAUGCCCCCGGCCGGGGGACGACCCCCGCGGCUGCGCUCGGGCCAGGGCAACCGCCGCCGCUGCGGGGGCCGGAGCAACGAGGCGUGGGGAGCCGACUCGGAGCCCCGGGCACGGAGCCGCAAGGUCCCUUAGCCUGUGGUCCAUGAUGCCGGCGACCAGCCCUCCAUAAGGGGCUCUGCUCUCUGCCCGGGGCCCUGGGGCUCCCCUGGAGGAUGUCCGUGCUGCCCCCGGCCCUGCGUGCGUCCGUCCCCAGCCAGCUCCCUCGGGCCCCUGGCCCGGCCCCCGCCCUGCACCAUGAAGGAUGAGGAGGGGCUGCAUAGGAACGCCGUGGCCUGGCUAGCGUGCGCCGGAGUCUCGCUGCUGGCCAAUGCCUGGGGCAUCCUGAGUGUCAGCGCCAAGCAGAAGAAAUGGAAGCCCCUGGAGUUCCUCCUGUGCACGCUGGCCGGCACCCACAUGCUCAACAUCGCCAUCCCCAUCACCAUGUACGCCGUGGUCCAGCUGCGGCGCCAGCACUCUGACUACGAGUGGAAUGAGGGGCUCUGCAAAGUGUUCGUGUCCACUUUCUACACCCUCACCCUGGUCACUUGCUUCUCGGUCACUUCUCUGUCUUAUCAUCGCAUGUGGAUGGUCCGGUGGCCGGUCAAUUACCGGCUGAGCAACACCAAGAAGCAGGCGGUGCACACGGUGAUGGGCAUCUGGAUGGUGUCCUUCAUCCUGUCCACCCUCCCCGCCGUGGGCUGGCACGACACCACGGAGCGCUUCUAUGCCCACGACUGCCGCUUCAUCGUCACGGAGAUCGGGCUGGGCUUUGGGGUCUGCUUCCUGCUGCUCAUCGGCGGCAGCGUGGCCAUGGGCGUGGUCUGCACCGCCAUCACCCUUUUCCAGACCCUCUCCCUGCAGGCCGGCCACAACCUGGACCGCAACAAGUUCAACGUGCCCACCAUCGUGGUGGAGGACGCCCAGGGCAAGCGCCGCUCCUCCAUUGACGGCUCGGAGCCCCUCAAGACGUCCCUGCAGAUCACCUACCUGGUGGCCGGGAUCGUCUUCCUCUACGACUGCCUCAUGGGCUUCCCCGUGCUGGUGGUGAGCUUCACCAGCCUCAAGUCGGACACUUCCUACACCUGGAUGGCUCUGUGCAUGCUCUGGUGCUCAGUGGUGCAGUCCCUCCUGCUCCCCCUCUUCCUGUGGGCCUGUGACCGCUAUCGGGCCGACAUCAAGGCCGUCUGGGAGAAGUGUGUGGCCCUCAUGUCCAAUGAUGAAACAGAUGAAGAGACCAGCCUGGAUGGGGGCCUCCACACAGACCUGAUGUAUGAGCGCCCCUUUGAGUACGGCUACAGGGGUGACUUCCUUGCCCUGGACCACAUUGCCAAGUAUGACUUCUCUGCCUUGGAGAGGGGGAUCCCUCAGCUUUACCCACUGCAGCCCAUCCAGGAGGACAAGAUGCAGUAUCUUCAGGUAAGAGGGGGAAAGAAGGAAGAAAGGGAGGGACCCCCACUGCCCACGUCCCCCAGGGGGCUACCUCUUCUCUCUGAGAACCAAAAGAUAUUCUCCAAAGUUAUUUCCAUAUCCAUUUCAUUUUCCAAGAAAACAGAGAGGUAACAUCCUUCCCUAGAAUUGGAAACAUGUGAGACCCUAUAAGUUCUCUCCAAUUACACAGCUUAUUCUUCAUUUCUAGUCCUAGCUGAUUCUAUUUUCCUCUAGACCAGAUGAUCUUAACUUGGAGUCCUUGAAUUUGGUUGUUUAAAAAAU